AAGUCACCGUGGCGUGUCACUCCGGGCUCACGUCAUCCACAAAGUAAAUCACAAACAAAGGAACUUAUUCCAGCUCAUCUGGACUGGAGACAUGACCAAAGAGACUGAGACUCUGGGAGUGGUCUUUCAGAGCGAGAACUUCAAUUAUAACCGCUACAACACAAACUACGGCAUGGACCCCUGGUCUUACCUGGAUAGUGCCGUGCCCGAAGAGAACCUGAGCAAACCCAGACUUCAUCCGGGAGACGACUUGGCAGCCAUAACCAUGCUCUAUGAACAGUGCAAGAACCAGAAGGAACAGAAGCUUCCCAUUUGCAGUCGAAACGGUAGCAUCUGCAAACCAACUGAGAGGACUUCAAGCAAUGACCUGGUCUCAUUGGAGACAUCCGCAAAUGUCAUGAAGAUCCUCUCUGAGAACGCCCCAGACAGCUACACACUGGGGGUCAUAGGAUCCAAGCAGAGCCCCUCCCUACCCGUCUCUCUGCCGCAAAAUAUUGACACCUACGCCACACUGACCAGCGUGGUGGCGGACACCGACAAGCAGGAACUCAACAUUAUCUUCGACUCUUUGCUCCAGAAGUGGCCGGAGACUAACGCGUUCCCUGGGACAGAGACUCUUCCCUAUAACGAGUCCUUCCCUGAGAACCAUUCCAGUCCUGUCUACUCAGGCUCAUACAUCGGCUCCCCGCCGGAGACGUACAGAAACGAGUUCCAGUUUUCUCUGGGCGCUCCCUCGGCCUCCCCUUACAAAUCUAGCGAGUUACCCAUGGUCUACCUGAACAAGGGGCAGUUUUACCCCAUUACUCUGCAGGGAGUGGACAACAGCGCCUGUGUGACUGCGACCAAAGUCAAGACGGUGGUGAUGGCCGUGUUCGAGAAUGACAAGUCGCCAGAAAUGCAGCUCCGCUUUUGGAACCACUGGCACGCGCGUCAGCCGACCGUCAAGCAGAGGGUCAUUGAUAUCGCGGACUAUAAAGAAGUAUUCACCGGCAUUAGUAACAUUGAGGAGGUCGCCUUCAAUGCCCUCUCCUUCAUUUGGAACCCCAAUGAAGAAGCAAAGGUGUAUAUCGGCAUCAACUCUCUGAGCACCGAUUUCUCGUCGCAGAAGGGCGUGAAAGGCCUGCCUCUCAACCUGCAGAUCGACACGUAUGACUUCAGCUCCGGGAGCAAUCAGCUCAUACACAGAGCCGCCUGUCAAGUCAAGAUUUUCUGCGAUAAGGGGGCUGAGAGGAAGAUGCGUGAUGAGGAGAGGAAGAGGACCAAGAGGAGAGGGAAGACAACCAAUGACGCCAAUGCCAAAUCUCUAGUAAGCAGCUCCAUGGGCAGCGACUGCACGUUCUUCCGAAUUGUGGAAGACCACAUCACCCAGCCGGUCCUUUUCAUCCCAGAGGCGCAUCUGUCCAGCUUACAGCGCAUGGCAACGCCCAUGGACGAGAACGAAAGAACUUCUCGGAAAAGGUUGUACGCUGACAGAGAACAGAAUAGCACUCCACCCGGCAAACAAGCCCGCAGGGACGAUUCCAAUAGAGUUCUGCUGUAUGUGAGGAGAGCUGCCGAAGAGGUUUUCGACGCGCUCAUGCUCAGCACGCCAACAGUGUCAGGCCUUCGAGAAGCUAUUUCAGAAAAGUACGGCAUGCACGAAGACACCAUUGGGAAAAUCUACAAGAAAUGUAAACGAGGGAUUUACGUCAACAUGGACGACAUCAUCAUCGAACACUACACCAACCAAUCGGCUUUCCUAAUCGAGAUAUCGGAGGUGGUCGGCGGUCAAUUCCAGGUCACUCUCAUCGAAGUAUGAUGGCACCAACACAUCUACAGUACGUCUCAAAAGCACUACGCCAUCAGUACGCCAAGGACAAAACAACCAGCUGUGGACUGACCAAAAUAAUGCGACACCUGAGCUGACCUUUCAAUUUCAGACGUAAAUAGCUCCAUUUUGUAAAUACGGCCGUCGUUCUUAUUUGACAAAGCAAUUAUGAUGUUACACUUGUACAUAUACGUUUGUAAAUAGUUUGAUAUGACAGUGUUUUUAUAAACUGCAAUUUUUGCAAUUCAGUGUAUAUGGAAUUAGCAGGUUGCUAUCGUUGUCCCUUUUUUCUUUAAAUACAUCACGCUAAAACAAAAAGCCUGCUAAUAACGUUUCUUACUGCCGCCUUCUUGUAGGUUUCCUGGUAGUUUCACCCCUAAUUAAUUCACAAGCAAACGUCACACAUUUCCCUCCGUCAAACCACAAGCAGAAUUAGUAUUGUUUGUCAUUUAGCCCCGAAACUGUGGACAUUUCCUUUUUGUUUGGUGGAGACUGUAGCUCCACCUUUUAUGCUAUUUUAGUACGGAUGUUAUGAGUGUAUUGUGUAUGGGCGUGUGAGUGUUUUGUGCUUCCUCAUAUGUUACGCAUCAUUUCAAAGUGAACAUGUACCCCCGUAAUAUUUCAUCAUUUAAGCAAAAGGCAAAUAGUUGCAUUAGUCUUGCCGUUUUCUUUUUUGUUAAAAAAAUAAAUAAAACAUAUGUAUGAGAU